GUGUGCUUCAAUGAGAUGAUGGUGAUGAUGAUGAUGAUGAUGAUGAGGCCUCACCAUUUCUACGGACAGGUGGAGGCAAAAUAGCGAAUCAGCAGUUGAGAUGCCGAUGGUGAGCCCGGCUGGCUGUCGGCACGUGGACGAACAGAACGUCCAGGAGCGAUGGCGAUGGAGAUGAAGUCGACGGAUCGAACCUGACCGAAUAACAUAGAGAAGAGAAAGAGUUUGACAGGGAGGGAGAAAGGGAGACAACCAGAAAAUGGCUUCAGCAAGGCCGCAGCGGGUGAAACCAGUUUGCUCGCCGUCAUCGUCAUCCUCCUGGCCACGUCAGCGGAAGAGAAGAUGUGGUAUCAUUAUCGGCGUCUUCUGUUGCACCCUCGUCGUCGCCGUGCACAUUGUCAUGGGUGGUCGUUUCCCUCAUCUUGACUGGGAAACGAGCAGUAGGGGCGAAAUGCCCUCUGCUCACCACCCGCUCCCAGAGAAUGAUCGAGGACCAGAAGAAGAAGGAGGAGGAGGAGGAGGAGGAGGAGGAGGAGGAGCUCUGCCUCCUGCACUGGACGGAUUCGGUUUCUUGAAGACGUCAAGUGGUGCUCUGGGUCAUCUCUUCUUUGGCGGGGGGGGAGAAAGGCGAGAAGGAGGAGGAGGAGGAGGAGGAGGAGGAAGAGGAGGAGGAGAAGGGGAUGGUGGCCUUCGUAUCACGACGGAUGAGGAUGAGAACGUGGUGGAUAUAUAUUCCCUGGAGAUGAAUCCGGUCACAAGGACCGACUUGGGGCUGUUCCCCAGUCUGGAGCUUUGGCCGGCGGAUAGGGUUUUUGUCGUUUCCGGUGGAAAGACCCCAUCUAGAGGCAGCCUGAUGAUGGAUGACCUCCUGCACUCUGCGGGGAUGAAGUAUACCCGCGUGGUCGUGCCGCAAGACGACAGCUUGGUUGCUCGGCAGGGGCCGGGAGGCGGUCGGUAUCCGGACGGAACAGUCGAGAUCCCGCCGCCGACGCCCGACGGCGGCGAGGAGCAGCAGCAGCUGCAGCAGUACCGAUCCCGACUUCGCGUCCUGGCGCACGUGGAGCUUUGGGCUAUGGCGCUCCGAAAGGACGUGCCGUUCGUCAUGAUCUUCGACGACGACACCGUCUUCAACCCAUCGCCAUCGCCAUCGCCGUUCAAAGCUCAUCUUGAGAAAUGCCUUCGGCAGCUCAUCUUCCUCGAGCUCCAGCAGAGCGUCCGCUUCCGUCCAUCCUUUGAUGUCUGCUUGUUGGCCAGAUGGCCCCUGGCCGAUUUCGGGGAGCCCGAUCUGACCGAGGACAUCGUCGAGGCCAAGGCCUCCAGAGGAGCGGGGGCUUACAUCUUGUCGAGAGAGGGGGCUAGAGAACUCCUCCGGAAGGUGACAGGGGCAAAGGGGGAGGACAGCAGGCUGCUGAAGGGACAGAUGGGGGGGGUGAUGAUGUUGGGAGAGGGAGGCGAUCCUCCCCCCUUUGGAAAUGCCGGCGGAUUGGCCUGUCGGCCGACGGGGGCAAGUCGGACUUCAGCGAAUGCUGCUGCUGGCAAGUUGAUGACGAGCACAAAGAAAAGACGGAAAGGAGGAGGAGGAGGAGGAGUGGAUGAUGCGAGGAGGGAGAAGGUGAUGAGGGAGGAGGAGGAGGAGGAGGAGGAGGAGAAUAAUAAGAAGAAGAAGAAGAAGGGGGGCGAAGAUGUGCAGAAGAAGAGUGGGUGCGACUGGAACAAAGCAGAGAGGAGAAGAACGGCUCUGCUUCUUCGAAUCCCGGCUAUGGUGGAGGACGGGGAUGCCAUCAGCAGGUCUGCUGUUAUCAGAAAUCCUUGUGGCGUAUCUGUACCUAGGGGAUUAGGGGGGGCGGGGGUGUUCAUGCCACCUCCCUCUCCUCCCCGCUGGACUCGUGUUCCCGAAAGCCCCUCGGACUGGCCUCUGUUCGUCAUCAACCUCGCGAGCAUGGGGGAAAGGAUAAAGAGUUUGAUGGGAUCGCUGGGAAGCCUGGGCUUUCGGCGCGCAGUGAGAGCGGUCGGGAUCCCAGCCGGAGAUCCAGAGAUGGAGGUGUUCAAGGGCAAAGUGAGCGCGGGCAAGGAGGCGCGAACUAGAACCAAGUGGAAGUCCGGCAAACGCUUCCUGUCCCGAGGGGAGGUGGGUUGUGCCCUCUCCCAUUACCUGGUCUGGCUCGAGGUCGUUGCCAACGGGAUCCCGUUCGCCAUGAUAGUCGAGGAUGAUGUCGUCUUCUCUGCGUCUUUCUCCGAAAUCUUCAGUCGAGCCAUGGCUGAGUUGAAUGGCCUCAUUGAUGAGCGGAGCAUAAGUGCCAAAUUUGAUGUGUGCCUGCUGGGUCGGAAGAUGGUCGUCGAGCCGAGACGAGAGAGUCCGCCACGUGUCAGUCCAACGUUGGUCUAUGCGACACCAUCAUGGCAGACGCAUGCUUACCUCGUCUCGCUCGAGGGAGCCGAAAAGUUGGUUGCCUCGUUCUUUGUCAACGACCCGCUAGACACAUUUUGGUGGAGAAUGCCUGACGCCCGCUUCCUGGCCAUCGACCCUGCACUUGUUGGGCAGUCGUCGACAGAAGGAAUGUCUGUGAGUUCUACGCAGUUUGGGUCUGACACGCCAUGGUAAAAGGCAAUCCUUGGCGGACAGUCGUCAACGCGACUCGGCGGAACGAAUGUCUACAAGUUAUACGCAUCUGGGUUUGCACAAUAUCGUGAAGUAGCUGCUUUUGCUCAAUUUGGCUCAGAUCUUGAUGCUGCCACUCAAUAUUUAUUAAACCGUGGCGUGAGACUAACAGCAGUGUUGAAACAACCACAAUAUAGUCCAAUCUCGAUUGAAAAGCAAGUUGUUGUUAUUUAUGCGGGCUGUCAAAGGUUAUUUAAAAGCAGCAACCCUUGCCGGGAAGUCAUCGACGGAAGGAGUGUCGUCUACAAGUUGUACCCUUGUUGGACAGUCGUCAUCGCGAUUCGGCGGAGCAAAUGUCUCUACGAGAUAUACGCAUCUCGGUUUGGACACACUGUGGCGAAAAGCAACCCUUGCCGGGAAGUCAUUGACGGAAGGAGCGUCUAUGAGUUUUACGCAGCUCAAGUCGGACACGCUGUGGUGAAAUGCAGACCUUGUCAGACAGUUGUCCAUGGAAGGAAUGUGUACGAGCUGUACGCAGUUCAGGUCGGACACACUGCGGCAAAAGGCGUAUCCCUUGCUCGUUGAAAAAGGACGUCAUUGCCGGAAAGAAGCUUGGGACGUCUGUGACGGAGAGCGAGAGCCGCCUUCCUCCGUUCGCGUUUCUCGUUUUCACUUUCUUUGUUGUUUGACAUAAUGAAAUUAUUGCUGUUUAUUAUUAUUUUCGGCAUAGUGAAGCAUAGCAGCUAUGACCGUGAGCAUGGCACGGAUCUCCGAUCCGUCUGUGAUUUUUUUUCACAGUGUCGUACCAUGCCAUUUUGUGGUGACAGCCAAAGAGAUCAUGUGUGUGUGUGGUGAUGGCAGGGAGGGGGCAGGAGGGGGGAGGGGCAGGAGUCGGGGGAGGUGGGAGGAGUCGGGGGAGGGGGGAGGAGAGGAGGGAAUGCGUCCAUACUGCCAACCAGUACAGCUAAUAGCCAGCUGGACUGCUAGGCAGGGCUAUCUUCAAAGAGGGAAAGCCCCAAGGGCCUAAUACGCAAAGACAGGGGACAAGCGUCUCCAUCUGAAUGACCUUGGCUAUUUUCGGUUGAAAUCAUCCUGCCCUUUUCCUUGGAAAACCUGGAAGUAGAGGGGUCCACGGGGGACGGAAUGGGUAGCCAGACAGCAGGAGCAUCUGCCCGUGGACUGCUGUUCUGCCCCCUGCAGGUAAACCAGACCAGGUUACCAACUUUGAGGAGAUAGACUCGCACCCCAGUCUUCCUGGAUGUAUCUGACUGUAACAGCAGCCAGAUUCGGUUGAAUUGUUCCCUGUGUAAGUAUACCCCAUGUAGCUCCUGCCCUAGGGGGUGUAUUCACUAUGGCAGCUCCCAUCUUUCUUCAGUAGAGCAUAUUAACCAACAUGGUGCGUUUCUUAUGUUGCCAUAUGUGCAUGGUCGCGUGUGUGUGUGUGUGUGUGUGUGUGUGUGUGUUCAUUUCUCGAUAUGUGCGUAUCAUCCUUGCACAGGGGCCACGCCGGUCUUCUCUGUGUUAUCCCUCCAAUUUGAAAGGAUAAUGCAAUUGCAUUUCAGGCUUCGGUAGUGUGUUGCAACAUUCAUUGUGCACAAGCUCCACAACAAUUGGCUUCAGUUCCCCCCCCCCCCUCUCUUCCCCCCUUUGCAGUUCUCUCGAUUUAUGCAUGCCAUCCUUGCACAGCCGCCUUGCCGAUCGUCAUUCUCUGUAUUAUCGUUCGUUCCAAUUUGAAAGGAUAAAUGCAAUUGCAAUCC